GACACUCACAUCCCUUCUCCUUCAAUCACAAACAAACCAGAGACCAGAACUAAAGAGCAAAAGACUGUACAUUAGUCUCUCGAAAGAUCAGGACUUUGUGUCUGAUUUUGGUGGGUUCCGUCCACUCAAGAAAUCAAUGGCAGAAGAUCUAGUGCUAGACACAGCUAUAAGAGAUUGGGUGCUGAUCCCAUUAACAGUAGUGAUGAUUCUUAUUGGGAUCCUUCGUUACUUUGUUUCAAAGCUUAUGCAAUCUCAGCAAACUCCGGAUGCUAAAAUUGUUAAAGAAGGGCAAGUUGUUGUGAGAGCAAGGAAUUUGCGAGCUGGAGCUAACUUUAUACCUGCUAAGUCGUUUCGAGCUCGAAGGGCUUAUUUUAGCAAUGAGGAAAAUGGAUUGUUGCAUGUUCCCAAGGGCCAGGGUCAGAAUCCACAAGCACAAAUGUUCUCUGACCCAAAUAUGGCCAUGGAUAUGAUGAAGAAAAACCUUUCUAUGAUUAUACCCCAGACUCUUACCUUUGCAUGGGUCAACUUUUUCUUCUCUGGAUUUGUUGCAGCCAAGAUACCAUUUCCACUGACUCAGAGAUUCAGAUCAAUGCUGCAAAAUGGGAUUGAUUUGAGCACUGUGGAUGUUAGCUAUGUUAGCAGUCGAUCAUGGUAUUUCCUUAAUUUGUUUGGAUUAAGGGGUUUAUUUAGUCUCAUUCUGGGUGAAGAAAAUGCUAUGGAUGAUACCCAGCGGAUGAUGCAAAUGGGUGGUUUUGGUUUUGAUCCAACCAAGAACUUGAGUGCUGAGAAAGAUGGCCUUGACAUAAUUCAGCAUGAAUGGGCCCUACCAAAAUUUGAGCAGCGUGCUGAAGCAGUGUUGAAAAAACUUGUUAGCUGAACUUCGGCAACAAGCGCCAGCUGCCAAAUGGGUUUAUGCUCAACAAGGCUUCCUUGUUCUUUCAUGGAUUCUUACUGGAGUUUUGCUUGUUCGCUGUCAGUGCGUUGGCUAACAAUUAUAAGAACCAGCGAAUCCAUCAUUGUAGCAUUUAGAUUGAAUUCGAAUUUUAUUACAGCCAUUGGAGAAAUUUUCCACACUGCUGGUGGUAAUAUCAUACUUUCCCUGUAAACGCAUAUCUUUCAGCUUGCUGUCCAAGAACAUUUGAAACAUAUUAAUGACUUGACAAUGAAAUCAAUUACCAGGUA